AUGACUGAAACGUUAAAUGCAGCUAACACAAAUGAAUUUAAGAGUGAUUCUGUCAACUUUAUACCAGAAAUACGUAAAAUGAUGUACGGCUUUGGAGACUGUUCAGAACCUCUUGUAGAAUCAGCCAAAAUAAUUAACAGUGUAGUUCAUCGUGAAAUAAGAAACAUUAUUUGUGAGUCAUGUAAAAUAGCUGAUAUGAGAGAUUCUUCAAUAGUUGAAGAUAAAGAUUUGCUGUUUCUCCUCCGUCAUGAUAAGAUUCAACUCCAACGACUGAUUAAAUAUCUUGAUCUGAAAGAGUUUAAAUCGUCCAUCAACAAAGUUCUAGAGGCUGAAUCGGUUGACGGCUGUCCUGGCAUUGAUGAGUCUAAGAAAAAAAGUUCUCAUCAUAAAUUCAUUCAAUCUAUUGAUAAUAUUGGAGAUUUGACUGACACUGGUGACAUAACGGAUGUCGUGAAACUCAAUCGUGAGCUUCGAGCCGAGUUAGCUAGUCGAAAAUUGAAUACAGUACAGUAUUUUGAGUACACUAAAGCGAGGUCUGCGUCAUUUGCUAAUAAGUUCUCUCCUAAAUUUAUCACCUGGCUCGCUACUGAAGCAGAAAUAAACGAGGCUUUAAGACGUUAUUGGUCUCCACAUUUAGAUCGGGUUGGACCUUUUCAACGUCGCUCGUUACAUCGACUGGAUCGUAAGUUCUUAUCAUUCCAAACAGGUUGA